AUGCGUGAUCCACAAGAUGCAAUCAUCACUAAAACAAGUGAUAAUCGAAAAGAAUUUACUCGUGUUACAUUUACACUCGAUUUAAAACGUUUUCAAAUAGAAAAAUUCUAUAAUGAUCUUGUGGCAUUAUUUAAACGACGUGCUUAUGAUGUAGCCAUAUCAACUGAUUGUAAAAUAACACUUAGUGGCAAACAAGAUUCAGCUAAAGCACUUGCUGUAGAUGGUCUUGAUGUUAUUGGUCAUGAUCAUUAUGGUGUUUAUCCAUUGAAAGAUAAAAUUGAAGUUGCACAAUUAAUUAAAAUUUUUGAUUUAAAUUAUGGAGAAAAAUAUGCUAAUAGAAAUGGUUUAUCAAAAUCACAUUAUGAAAAAUUAAUGAUUCUGGCUGAUCCAGAUCGAGAUGGUUUGGCUAAAUCUACAGCUAAACAAGGAAAAGAAUAUUUUUCAAAUAUAGAUCGUUAUCGUAUUAUAUUUAAAUAUGAUUUAAUAAAAGAUGAUGUAGCUAUACAAUUAGCUUUUAAUAGUUCAUUAAGUGAGGAUCGAAAAGAUUUGAUUAAAUGGCAUACAGAAGAUAUUAAACAACAACGUGAACAAAAUUUACCAAUCGAUUAUUUAUAUAAAAAAAAGAUACAAAACAAAUUAAUUUAA